UGUGUAUUGAUUUUUAUUUGUCGUUAUCGUUUUUCACAUAUAUUUUAGAUAUAGAAAGUUAUUUUAAUCAAACGAUAAAUUUGAAACCGUUAUGACACUUGUGUUACAUGUUUACAAUCUGGCGUUCACUUCCGGUGUGGAUGUAGCUGUCACUCUUGCAUCUUUUCUCUUGGAAAUCGCUUUAUCAGCAGUAUGAAUGAAGCAGAAGUCUUCCAUGAGAAGCAAAGGUUGGAGCUGUGCGCGAUCCAUGCCCUGAACAACGUGCUACAGGAGCGGGUGUUUACAAAGGAGACGGCGGAUGACAUCUGCAAAAGACUUGCUCCACAGUGUAUGGUGAACCCUCAUCGCUCAGUGUUAGGAACAGGGAAUUAUGAUGUUAACGUCAUCAUGGCAGCACUACAGAGCCGGGAGCUGGCUGCCGUGUGGUGGGACAAACGCAGAACAGUACAGAGUCUUUGUGUAUCUAAGGUCCUAGGGUUUAUCCUCAAUGUCCCAUCACGCAUCUCCCUCGGGAUAGUCUCACUCCCGCUCCGACGGCGGCACUGGCUCGCUGUUCGCCAAGUUACGGGACAGUACUACAACCUGGACUCCAAACUGAAGAAUCCUGUCUGUAUCGGAGGAGAGGCAGAACUACGCACUUUUCUCAGUGAACAGCUCUCUCAGGAAGUGGCCGAGCUCUUAGUCGUCCAGAAGGAGGUGGAGGAGGACGGAUCUUGGCUGAUAUCAGAUGACCUCAAGAAGUGAUGCCUUGUGAACUCUUUUACCUUUAUAAGCAUGGUUGAAAACUAUAUUAGAUAACUUUUUUUAAGAACUUGCUAAAACUAGAACGUCCACUACUUCAGGGAAUGCACUAUACGCAGAGGAAACUCCAAAGAGACGCAGAGGUGGUGUUCAAACUGAAUGCAGUAUUUUCUCUCUCUGAAAUGACCAAUGUAACUGACCAACAUGUUUGUUAAAUACGCCAGGAGACAAUGUAUGGAGCGCAACAGUGGGCAAAGUUAUCUGGUUGUGAAAGCAAAAUAAUUUAAAGAUUUCUUUGACCCAUAGGCUUUAUUGGGAAUGAGAUGCAGUAUGUUACGUGAUAAAUGGGAAGAAAAGUGAGGAGAGACAUUUGGCAAAUUGUCAGAGCUCGGAAUUAUGUUACAGAACCUGCAGCCUAGACGCUCUAGUUUAAUUUAAAGUAGAAAUUCUCAUUAAUUAUCCCAUAAACUUGAAUAAUUUAAAUAUUAAGAGUUUAAAUUGUGAAUAAAAGGACCUUACUUUACUUACUUUAUAUUUUAGAAACUGGAUUUAGCCAAUACUUUUUGAUUUUUAUAAAAUUGGCUAAAACUUCAAACAAAUAUUUUAGUUUUUUGAGACGUUAAUGGGAAAAAAAUAAUACAUUUGUUUUCAAUUUAUUUCAGUUCCAGAACCAGAAGUCCCCACCCACUAUUGAGCUCCACAGUACAACUAUUAUUAAUUUACCUGCCUAUAACAGUAGCAUAUAAGAGUCUGUCCACCAAAGUGCACCACACCUUUUCUCAUCUUCACUGAAACCUUUCUAUGCACUGCAAUUAAUUUAGCCACAGUUUUGUCUUUGUGUUUUCUUUAACUUGCCCAUUGUUACCACGAAGGUAUUUUUUUUGUUGACAGCUUUUGCAUGUCAUUUUUUUCCUUUGUUCUCGUGUUUGUUUAUGGUACGAUGUUUAGGGUGCGUUCACACUUGUCCUGGUUUGAGCCUUGUUGAGUUCUGAUGUAGAAUUGGUUUGGUCCUGCUCUAGUCCUGGUUUGGUUCCAGGUUUUGACCCAUUUUUGAUGUGGUGUGUGUGCAACUGUGAAAGUACCCUUAAGAAGAAAGACUUGUACCUAUGUGUUUUUAAGUUUACCUAAAUAAUUUCAGUUAAUAACUUCACUAUUUAUAGCCCUUAUAAAAUAAUAAUCCUUAACUCAUAUUGAAAGAAUAGUUAAAAAAUUAUUCAGGCUUAGCAACUAAUUAAAAGGACACGCUUUCUGAUAUAUUUUGUAUUCUUGCUUCCUGGACGUACCUGGAGUUGUUUUGUUUCUUCACAGGAAGUUUCACUGUGUUUUUAAACUCCAUUUUCACUAGAAUUAUAUGAAAAUUUGCAAUCCUGGAAUUGCCAAUCUCUAUUAAAGGUAAAAAGUAGCUGAAAACUACUACUUCAUGACAUCACAAGGUAGAAGAGAGUAUUUUGAGCUUUGGAGGUGCAAACAGACUAAUAACAAAGGGUUACUAAAACAUAAAUUAUCCCAUAGACUUGAACAAACACAGCUGAAUUAAACAAAACACAACUUCAGGUAUGUUUUUGCAGAGGUAACAUUAUAUCAUGUCUCAAAGCCCACAAGAGUCAAUUUAUUGUAAUAUAAGUUUGACCUUUAAGGUAUAAUUACAAAAUGUAUGAAUCAUUUUGCAAAUAAUAGAAAUAAUAUACAUUUGUGUAAAGUAAACUAAUUAUCCUCGUGUUUUGAGAGCUUAUGGAAAAAGGAAGACUGACUGUUUUUUAUUUAAAACGUGCAAAAACAGUGAUUUGUGACCAUACGUUUGUGGUGUCUCUUGUACCUAACUAUGCAUAUCCAAAGAGGCACUGUUCGUUGUUGACACUAGUGAAUGAAACUGUAUGCAUAAGCCUAAUAUUAGUUUAUAAUAUUCACAAUGUAUUUAUAUUAAACUUUGUGUUUUGGUAA